CGUCGAAUCCUGUCCUGAUCCAAAGUUGGCUUCCAGAGAGAUUUUGGAUGAGCAUGGUGGCCGAGACACGAGCCAAGAAGCCUCUCGCGGGCCAUCCUGGGUUGUGGAGUGGAGGCAUGGUGAAGGCUGAGAGGCCUUGGCAGUGAAAUGUACCUUGAGAGAUUCUCUCUCCAAGCCCUCUUGGUACCCUCUUUUAGAAACUAAGUAGGAGUGAGUAAUACUCACUGCAGAGCUGGGACAGGAACCAGGGGCCCUUCACUCCGGGGCCUUGCAGCCGCACUCCCUCCCUAGAAAGUGAAUAUUGAGAACAAAUUGUCCACAAAGGCCAGGGAGCAUGUAUCACCAAACACACUGCAGAACCACGUCACCUGGGGCCUAUGAGGAUUUGCCCUUGGGUUUUGUACCCGCACUCUCUUUCGGUGUUUCCCCUAGGCUCAUAUACACAUUGGUGGGGAUUUUCACAUUGGCUUCCCUUAGUCCCGUCUAGCUAAGAAUGUGGAAACCCCGUUGGUGUAGUGGUUAAGUGAUAGGGCUGCUAAUCAAAAGGAUGGCAGUUCAAAUCCACCAGUCGCUCCUUGAAAACUCUAUGGGGCAGUUCUACUCUGUCCUGUAGGGUAGCUAUGAGUCAGAAUGGACUUGAAGGCAACAGGAGUGGUUUGGUUGGUUUUAGGUAAGCAUGUAGGAAUGCCCGUGGGUCUGAGUUUGUGUACAGUAGACGUUGUGAAAAGCAUCUGACACACAGCAAACAAGAUCAUUGCACGUACACCCUGCAAUCAUGGGAAUGGCAGAGGAGGACUCGGAGAGGGGUGGACGAGCUCUCGGGGUAGGGAGAACGGGGCUGGCAAGUUGGCGCAUAGUACACUGAACCUCAAAUCAGGUCACUGAAAGAGGAAGUCCCAAAGGAGACCCAGAGUGGACGUGGCGCAUCACACACUCAAACUCAAAUCAGGUCACUGAAAGAGGAAGUCCCAAAGGAGACCCAGAGUGGACGUGGGAGGGGAGAAAUGUGGGUGGAAAGCCCAGUCACAACGCCUCCUGAAGGAAGGGGCUGCAGCUUUAGAGACAGAGCCAAGGCGGCCACUGAGAGGAAGUGUUUGGGGCAGGGGAUGUGGAAGGGGCAGUCAAACACAGGUACUCCUUAAAUGGGUGGGCCUUGGGCCACAGGAACAGUAUCCUUGGGGAAGAAAUGGUAAUGAUCAGACAACCUGCUGCCAUCUGCAGUGGGACGAGUCUUGGAGCUGAGGCGACUCAACGGGAGACUCCAAGUGCAACACACACUGUGGGUAUCCAGUCAUGGAGCCUACGGUGCUUUGGGAGCAACCCGCUGCGCUCAGGCUGGUGCUGCAUGGGGACAUUUUGACAGAGUGGCAGUAAAACAGGACUUUUUCCUGAGUGGUGCCAGCCAACUGGCAAGGGCAGCUGGAAGGGGGAGCCCACAACAGGAAAGAGGGGUACAGGGCACGUGGUGGAGAAUAGGCCAACUAGCCGCUAGCAACUGCCACCUUCUGGGAGCUACAGAGACACCAGGGAACCCUGCAACCCAGGUAUACUUGGAGGUGCCAAGCUAGGACUAACCAAGGGCUGGCCUUCUCAGCCUCCCCUGUUUUGAAGGUGGGGUGGAGAUGGGUUCGUGCUUUCUUUACUCAUCUAGGGUCUGGCCCCACGAAAACAAUGUGCCUGUCAGUAGGUGGGGGGCUUUUCUGGGAAUUUGAACUCAGUCUUUCCACACUUUGAAAAAAGAAGAAAUUGGUCCCUGCCACCCGGCCCCUCCCCCACUUGGCCAGGGCUGCCUGUCCCUGAGUGCCCAUGAGCCUGCUUUGUGACAUCACAGGACGAUGACCUCAGCAGCCAGUUACCUCACCACGGAGACUCUAGAACAGUGUGGGCACUAUUUACUGGGCAUCCCCGCUCUGACCAAAGGCAUUGGUGACUGGAUCCGACAGUGGUACGGUCUUGGGUACGAAGUGCUCCUGAUGCUAGCUUAGUUCCAUGGCGGCUCAGGGUUGUAGAAAGAGAUACAAAGUCAACCUGGCCCCAUCUGUUGGUGACAAGCCAGAAGGAGGGGUCCCGUCGAAUCCUGUCCCUGAGCCAAAGCUGGCUUCCGGGGAGAUUUUGGACGAGCAUGGUGGCCGAGACACGAGCGAAGACGCAGGCUCCCCGGACAAGCUGGAACCAGAGGGCCCAACACCAGGCGCAGCUGUCCGGGUAGAAGAGAGUGACGCUCUCCAGCUCGCCUUCCCAAGGAAGCUGUGGAUGAUCGUGGAGAACGACGCGUUCAAGUCCGUGCGCUGGAGCGACAGCGGGAACACGGUGAUCAUCGAGAAGGACCUCUUCCAGAGGGAAGUCCUUCGCCGCAGAGGUGCAGAGAGAAUUUUUGAAACGGACAGCUUAAAGGCUUUCAAUCGACAGCUUAACCUCCACGGCUUCAUCAAAAUCCGCCCCAGCAAGGCUCUGCGGAAGACAAAAGUGAUGGUCUACCGCAACUGCAACUUUAAGAGGGACCAGCCUCUGCUCCUCCAAAACAUCAAGAGACGACGCCAAGCCGAGGGCAGCGCUCAGCCAGCCAAGGCGCCCACCCUGCCUGCCCCCGCGGCCCCGCUUCCCAAGAGGAAGAAGCUGGCAGCGACCAGACACUCGGCUCGAAUCCAGCAGAAGAACGCCAUUAAGGAAAGCAAGGAGGCGUCCCCGAAGAACCCUCCCGACGUCCUGGGGCCCAGCCCCACCCCGUCCGUCAGGUCCUCUAGUAUCUCGUCGGUGAGCAGUGUGGCCGAGGCCUCCAUGGAGCAGCCUCCCCUCGCCCAGUGCAGCGUGCCCAGCUGGGAGAGCACCUCUCACCGUGACAUGUUCGAGCCCCAGGUCAGCGCCGGGAUGGUGGGGGAGGGGGAGCCGCUCACCGAGCCUGGGGGCUACUCUGAUCCGUCCUCAGUCAUGACCCUGUACAAUGCCUGCUACUCCAUCCUGCUGGCAGGCCUGUCGGUCAUGGCUCCCGAGGAACCCUCCGACCCCCAGGGGGACAGCCCCUCGGACUACCACUGUUCCAUCUGCGAACAGUUCAGGGAUGAGCAGGCACCGUAGGCCCCCAGGCCCUGGUCAGGAGAGCCAUUUUCUAACCAGGAACCUAUUUUCGGCUUUCGUAAGGGUAAAUAAAUGACCUAAUGAGAACUGCCAGUCUGUGUUGUCUCUAGCCCUCCACACUAAAGGCGUCUCAUCGGUGGAAGCAGGAGGCUGACAGUCAUCUCCAGCUGGGCCCUGGACCGCGCUGCUGACCGUUUCCUUUCCAGCGGCAGCAUCUUCACACUUAGCACAGGGUUCUGCAGGGAGUGGGGAGGGCCAGUUCGAAGCUCUGGUCACUGAGCUCCGCCUGCUGAGCAGGUGACAAGCCAGACUUGCUGCUGCCUCACAAGGGUGUCAGCUGACACCAUUGAUGUCCUGGAAGUGGCAGUCUUUGGAUCAUGGGUCCCCUGAGUUUCUGGCCUGCAGCUGAGUGUCCCUAGCUCCAAAGAGGGCCCCUGAAACCAGGGCCACCCCAUCUGCCAAGGGUCACACUAGCACGUCAUUGUGGCUCAGGAGAGCUGGGUUGUUGCAGCCAAGGCCAGGGGCAAACAGCCUCUCACCCUCAUAGACAAU